AUGCCGAGUACGGGUAAUGUGACUGCUUCUAAUGUGACGGCUCCCGCAGCGCCCCGUGAGGAGAAUGGUGGAUCUGGCCUUCUGCGGUUCGAACCUGCGGUCAUGACGUGGAGGUCAUGGCAGUUUCGAUACCGCAACUAUAUCAAGUUGAGGAAGGUUACGGACACAGAUGAACAGAAGGCUAUCCUGCUGGACGCCUUCGGCGUGGACGCGAUGGACAUGCUGCACUCAUGUGGUGCCCGCGUGACCCGAACGACUACACCAAUGCCCAGAUUGUGGAUAAACUGGAGCAGGCAUACGUCCGGAAGACCAACACGAGCUGUAGAGUGGGCGAUGUAUUUCCAGCUGCAGCAGGAGGCCGAGGAAACGUUGGUGGAGUUUUCCAACAAGCUGCGACGGAAUGCAAUUAAUUGCAACUUCCCUGGAGACGUGUUGGAAAAGAACAUAUCGUCCAUGUUCCUGAACGGUAUGGCCAGCAAUGCCACGCAACAGCAUCUCAUAACCAAGGAUUUCACGACGCUUGAAAAGGCCCUGCAGAUGGCGCAGCAAUACGAGCUGGCCAAGACUACCAAGCGUGGCCAAGCGUCCACGGAAGUGACUGAAGUAGCCAUCAUGCGCACCAAUGCAGAAGGGCGUGGCCAAAGUCACAGUCAAGGUCAAUCGGGCUGA